CUCUUAUAAAUUGCUUCCUCUGUCCUUUUUUCCUUCCUCUAUCCGGUUAUGGAGGUCUGCUAGAAAGACAUUUAAACGCACCUGCGCUCCAAAAUACGAUAAUCCUCUAGUUAGGAACCAGAAAACCAACCUUAUUCUAAACACAUAGUUCAAGAUGCCAGUGGCUGUAGGUCCAUAUGGCCAGACCCAGCCCAGCUGUUUUGACCGGGUCAAGAUGGGCUUCAUGAUGGGAUUUGCAGUAGGAAUGGCUGCUGGCGCCAUGUUUGGCACUUUCUCCUGUCUUAGGAUCGGCAUGCGUGGCAGGGAGCUGAUGGGAGGAGUAGGGAAGACCAUGAUGCAGAGCGGGGGGACGUUCGGUACCUUCAUGGCUAUCGGUAUGGGCAUCCGCUGCUGAGGACGAGUAACAACAACCUCCUCUACACAACUGUACAGCUAUGGGACUCUUCCAGGAACUACAACCACACCUCUCUGUCUGCUCAAUGCUGUCACACUCUCAACCGACAGUCUAGUUUUGUCAAUAAAAGUUCUGAUUUGUCAAA